AGAGGAAUGCAGUUAAGUGAGUCAACACUUGACUCAACGCUUUGGAAACGAUGCUGCUGGUGGUACUCGUUUUGGUUCAUUUACUUGUUGGAUUUUCUAGUGAACAGUGCCAGGAGGGAUCAGUUCGAUUGUCAUCAUCAUAUUCACAUCGUGGAGCUGUAGAUGUCUGUCUCAAUGGUACUUGGGGUAGUAUUUGUAGUGAGUACUGGGACAACAAAGAUGCCAGUGUCAUAUGUAGACAGCUAGGAUAUUCUCCUUACGGUGCAUUGGGGCCAUUUUCUGUAUAUGAAUCAUCAUCUGCCCCAUUUUAUAAUAUUAUUGAUGUCAAUUGUACUGGUCAAGAGAGCAAUAUACUUGACUGUCCCUUUAAUGAACUGAUUGGAGAAUAUAAUUGUUCAACUUUGAGAGAUGCUAAUGUGUACUGUCAAGAUUCUAAUUUGGUUACAUAUAGUAACUGUACUGAUGGUCAGAUAAGACUAGUUGGUGGUUCCAAUCAGUUUCAAGGAAGAGUUGAAGUGUGUGUUAAUAAUGCCUGGGGCACAGUUUGUUCUCAUGGCUGGUCUAGCAAUGAUGCUAAAGUUGUUUGUAGAUGUUUAGGAGCACUUGAAAUUGGUUACAGUUUUAGUGAUGUAUCUGGUCUUGGCUUUAAUCAAGGUCAAGGACCAAUUUUUCUAAGAUACCUAAAUUGUUCAGGACAAGAGAAGUCCUUGACUGAUUGUAGUCAAAAUUAUAGUACAACUGAUUUAUUUAUUGCUUGUUCUCAUCACUUUAAUGAUGCUGCUGUUAUAUGUGAACCUCGUUGCAAUAAUGGUACUAUAAGACUGAAAGGUGGAAACUAUACUUAUGGAAGAGUGGAGAUAUGUAUUAAUGAAAUAUGGACUACAAUAUGCAGUGACAAUUGGAACUAUAAAGAUGCUUCUGUUGUAUGUAAUCAACUUGGAUACUCUCCAUAUGGUGCUAUACCUGCUUCUGGAUAUUAUACUGAGACUAUAUGGCCUAUUGGUAUAGUUAAUCCUAAUUGUACUGGUGAUGAGGUCAGUAUAUUUAAUUGUUCACAUGGUCAGACUGGCUCCUGUUCACCAUCUCAUGAUGCUUCACUUAUUUGUCAAAAUAUGACAUUGGAACCAGCUAGUUGUGUAUCUGGAGAUGUUCGUUUGGUUGGUGGCUCAGCAGAAAAUGAAGGAAGACUUGAAGUGUGUAUUAAUCAAUUGUGGGGCACUGUAUGCAGUCAGCAAUGGGACAUUAAAGAUACUAGAGUUGCUUGCAAACAAUUGGGAUACCAGGAAUUUGCUGGAAAGCAGUUUAGCAGUAGUGAGUAUGGUCAAGGUACUGGUCCUGUGUUUCUUGGAUACAUGUCUUGUACUGGAUCAGAAAACUCAUUACUUGAAUGUGACAGAAAUCCAUUUGUGGUUGCUAAUUCACAAUGCUCCAAUCAUUAUUAUGACAUUGGGUUAAAAUGUGAACCUCUCUGUGAGGAUGGUUCUAUUAGGUUACAAGAAGGAACUUCUUCUACUGGUCGUGUGGAAUUGUGUAUUAUUGGUACUUGGGGAACAAUUUGCAGUGACUUCUGGGAUAAUAAUGAUGCUAGUGUAAUAUGCAGUCAGCUAGGAUAUUCCCCUUAUGGAGCUGUAGCUGCUUCAGGGUUUUUCUAUCCAUUUUCAUUAUGGCCAUAUCAUAUGAUUGAUUUGAACUGCUCUGGAACUGAGAAUAAUUUUUUAAACUGUCCGUAUAAUAAAUUAUCUGACAAGUAUAAUUGCCCAAACACUCAUUUUGCAUCAAUCGUGUGCCAAAGUAAUGACACUCAAAAGGAAGAUUGUGUUGAUGGUGAUCUAAGACUCAGAGGUGGUCAGACGGAUUAUGAAGGACGGAUAGAAGUAUGCAUUAAUCGAGUAUGGGGAACUGUCUGUGGAAUUGUUUAUCACUACUGGAUUGAUUGGAACUGGUAUCAAGGGAACGAUAUUACAAUAUGUAGAAUACUUGGAUACAGGGACUUAGGUUAUUUUGAUGAUCCUCCUGUUCAGUUUGGCCAAGGAACUGGUCCUAUCUUUAUUUCACGUGUCUAUUGUGAAAAUAAUAAUGAGACAAACAUUCUCAAUUGUCAUCACAAGUUGAUACAUUCAGAACACUGCACUCAUAAAUAUGAUGUUGGAAUCAGAUGUGAAGCUCCAUGUGUCAAUGGUACAGUUCGCCUGUAUAGUGAAUUGGGCAGUUACUUUAGGAGAUAUGGGCGAGUUCAAGUGUGUGUUAACAAUGACUGGGGAACCAUUUGUAAUCAUUUCUGGGACGAGCAAGAUGCUAGUGUUGUUUGUAAAAUGUUAGGAUAUUCUUCUUAUGGGGCUACACCUUUUAAUGAAAUGAUAAUUGAAAGAGAUUGGUCUAUAGCUAUUAAAGAUCUGAACUGUACUGGGAAUGAAUCAUCAAUUUGGGACUGCCCUAUGAACGGUCUUAGUAAUUAUUCUUGUAAUCAUGAUGAUGAUGCUGCUGUUGUAUGCCAAUUGCCAGAUGUAGUUAAUUCAAAUUGUAGAACUGAUGAAUUGAGAUUAACUGGUGGAUCAGACCAACAUCAAGGAAGAGUAGAAUAUUGUGUUAAUGGAGUAUGGCAAUCAAUAUGUGACUAUGAAUGGGAUAGUGGACAAGCGUUUAUUUUGUGUCAGCAACUUGGAUAUGUAGAUGGUAAAGCAACUUAUAAUUCACAUUUUGGAGUUGGACAGACACCAGUUAGCUAUUUUUAUCCAUCAUGUCACAGUUACUAUUCUAAAAACUUUACAAACUGUGUUUGGAAGAGACUUCCAUUCAAGGCUCAAUGCAACAAUUAUCAAGAAGCUGGUGCAAUGUGUAAAGGCACUCCAGAACCUUGUAAUGGCAGUUCUGUUGACUUGUACAGUGUGUUUUCAUCUUAUUCACCGGAUAAUAUUGGAUUUGCUCGUGUAUGUAAUAAUGGCCAUUGGCACUAUUUAUGUGGAUAUAAGGAUACUGUACCAACUAAUGAACUUGCCAGUGUCUUUUGUUAUAGUGCUGGAUACUCCUAUUAUGGUGCUAAAGUUCAUUAUAUAUCAUGGUUCCUAGCAAAUAAUCAGUUAUUGUUUUUUAACAUGAGAUGCAAUGGAAAUGAAAGUAGUAUUUAUGAGUGUGAGUAUGACACUAACAGAACUUGUUCAAAUUAUGCAGCAGUUGUAUCUUGUCAAAGAGAUAUUAUCAUAAAUCCUGUCAAUUGUACUGACGGUGACAUUAAAUUAUCUGGACAAGGCAAGAGCAACAAAGGAAUUUUGCUGAUUUGUACAAAUAAAGUUUGGACAACAUUUUGUUGUGACCAUUAUGUCGACUGGUCUAUCUCUACUACUAAUGUUGCAUGCCGUCAGCUUGGAUUUCCAAUACUAACUGGAGUCACUUACAGCGUUGUUUCAUAUCAAAAAUUACUUCCUGUAGCUUAUCAAAGAUUCAGUUGUAGUGGGAAUGCAAGCAAUUUUAGCUCUUGCUCUUCAUAUUUAUUUUACAGAACACCAAAGUAUUACCAUAAGGCCAUUGAAAUCACGUGUGUUGAAUCUUGUACUACUGGUGAUAUUCGACUUGUUGAAGGAUAUUAUUAUGGUCGUGUUGAAGUAUGUAUUGGAGGAGUAUGGGGUAGUAUUUGUAGGGACAGUUUCUGGGACAAUAAUGAUGCAAGUGUUAUCUGUAGGCAACUUGGAUUCUCUCCUUAUGGUUCAAUUGCUGCAUUCUUUACCUUGAACUACUACCGCACUACAUAUGUCUCCCAACUAAACUGCUCAGGCAAUGAAGCACAUAUCCUUGAUUGUCCUUUCAACAAUACUUCCUUAUAUUGUCGUGACAUUAAGUAUUCUGGUGUGAUUUGUUCUGUUCAAGGCUCUACCUAUUCAAAUUGUACUGAUGGUGACAUAAAGCUUCUUGAUGGCCGUACAAAUAGAGAAGGAAGAGUGGAGAUAUGCAUUAACAAAGCUUGGGGAGCAAUUACCAACUUUUCAGGACCUUAUAAUUAUGAAGCACAAACUGUAUGCAACCAGUUGGGAUUUACUGCACCAGGUGCAAUAAAGUUAGUUGAUGCAUUUUUUGGUGAAGGAUCAAGUCCUGUUUUACUUACUGAUGUUUACUGUUCAUCUCCAAAUGACUCAUUAUUGAAUUGUUCCAUUAAAUAUACAUCCCAGGUAUCUAACAGAAACCGUAAUCAUGUCAUUGGAGUCAAGUGUCAAUAUUAUUGCAAUCACAGUAGUAUCAGAUUAGCUGAUAGUUCAGAUUCUUUGCAAGGUCGUGUUGAAGUGUGUGUUAAUGGCGCAUGGAUCAGUAUAUGUAGAGGUUACUGGUAUGGCAAUGAUGCUAGUGUUGUCUGUAGACAACUAGGAUUCCCUCCUGAAGGUGCUAUUGCUAGUUUAGUUAUGGAGUCUUUUACUGGUACUUCAUUUCAUAUUACAUAUAUUGGUUGUAAUGGUAAUGAAGAAACUAUAUUAGCCUGUUCUUAUAGCAUGUUGCAAAGCAGUUGUCCAUUAAAUGAAGUAGCUUAUGUACAAUGUCCAGUACCUGACACAACUGAUGAUUGUUCCAAUGGGGCUAUUAGAUUAGUUAAAGGAGAGACAGAGUAUGAAGGUUUGGUAGAGAUAUGUGCUGAUGGUUCCUGGGGAUAUAUCUGUCCUCACAGCUGGAAGGAAAGUGAAGCAAUGAUAACUUGUAGGCAAUUAGGAUAUACUCCAAUUGGAGCCACUACUUCAUCUUCAUUUGGUAAAGGUGCUGGCCCAGUUCAGUUCUCAAGUUUUUAUUGUUCAGGAAAUGAGAAUAAUUUACUGGAUUGUAUGCACAAUAACUUAUCUUGCUCUGUAUCCUAUCAUGCUGGUGUUAUAUGCCGAGCUCCUUGUACUAAUGGAGAGGUACGUUUGCAAGGUGAUAGCAGAUAUAAAUCAUUCGGACGUGUUGAAGUGUGCAUUAAUGGUACAUGGGGAACUAUCUGUGAUGAUUACUGGGAUAGUAAUGAUGCUAGUGUAGUAUGUCACCAAUUGGGAUUCUCACCUUAUGGUGCCAUAGCCAAGACUUCUUUUUAUGAAGAAAGUAUUCUUCCUCAUGUUUUGUUUAAUAUGAGCUGUACUGGUAAUGAAGAGACUAUAUUUAACUGUUCGUACAGCACUAAACUACCAUCUGGCUCUGAUUGUCAUUCAACUGAAGAUGCUUCAGUCAUUUGUCAAGAUAUUAAUGUUCCUCAUUCAAAUUGUACUAAUUAUGAUGUCAAACUGGUUGGAGGUGAAACUGGUAAUGAAGGAAAAGCACUUAUGUGUCUUAAUGGAGUAUGGGGAGCUUUCUGUAACAACAGUUAUACUAGAUCUAUCAGCGAUAUAAUCUGCAAUAAUGCUGGAUAUUCUAGAAGAGGAUCAUUUUACUCAGCAUUUUUUCCUAACCCAUCCAAUGAGGUGAUACUAGUAUCAGAUUUAAACUGUUCUACAACUGAUGAAAAGAUUCAAGAUUGUUCAGUUAGUCACUACAUGCCACCUUCAUCCUGUGAUGUCUUGGAUAUUGUUGCUGUUAGAUGUCAAAACUGUACUAAUGGAGCUAUCAGGAUUGUUCCUUAUUAUAGUCCAAGUGAUAGUGUUGGUCGUGUUGAAGUAUGUUCUGACAAUUCUUGGGGGACCUUAUGCAGUGAUUUCUUUGAUGAUUCUGAUGCACAAGUUGUAUGUAGGCAACUCGGAUACUCUGCAAUAGGAUCUGUUUCAGUGGGACCAAUAAGUGAUGAUCUCUCUUAUACUCAUAUCAUUGAUAUCAAUUGCACUGGCAAUGAGUCCAAUAUAAGAGACUGUCCAAGUAAUAAUCUUCCUAGCUACUUUUGUCAACCAACUCAUGAUGCUGGAGUUUUUUGCAAUAGUGUCCCAUUAAAUGACUAUGCUAACUGCACUGAUGGAGAGUUAAGAUUAGCUGGUAGUACUGAGCUGAGUGGACGUGUUGAGAUAUGCUACAAUAGAGUAUGGUAUGGGAUCUGUUCUGAUAACUACAAUAAAUACAAUAUACCUACUACCAUAUGUAAAGGACUGGGCUACUCAUCACAAGGUGCAGUUGGUAAUAUAAUGGAAGGGUAUCCUUCAAUACCAAUUCUUCCUUUUGAAUUCAAUUGUUCUAGUGAUGUUGACUCACUAUGGAAUUGCUCUAAGUCUAUCAUUAGGUGUUCCAAUGGACCUUAUAAAUACACUGCAGUUACUUGUCAAGCUAAAUGUAAUGAUUUGGAUGUACGUUUACUUGGAGCUUAUGAUAACAUUGGAACAGUUCAAAUUUGUGUUGAUGAUAAAUGGGGCUCUGUUUGUCAUGAUGGAUUUGAUGAAUAUGGAGCCGCUACAGUGUGUGCACAAUUAGGCUAUAUACCUUAUGGAGCUCUCAUUGUAUCAUCAUUUGUUUACAAAUACAGUCUUCCUUUUCAAAUUAGUAAUUUGAAUUGUAAUGGCCGGGAAAAUAAUUUACAAAAUUGUUCAUAUACUUUGAUAAAAACUGGAUUUUGUGUCUAUGUCACUGGACUUAUAUGUCAACGGAGUAAUACAAGUAUUGAUGUUACAUGCACUGAUGGAAGUAUUAGAUUGACUGGUGGAGCCAAUGAACUUGAAGGGAAUGUUGAAAUAUGUAUCAAUAAAUACUGGGGAUCAGUGUGUGACAAUGAUUGGGAUUCUUAUGGAGUGGCUUGUAAGAGGCUUGGUUAUCGAUCUUCAGGUGCCAAAGGAUUUUAUAGAAGUUAUUUCGGACAGAGAAUACCAGCCACUGUUUUUAUUAGGACAUUGUAUAGUUAUGGACAAAAAUCAUUGCUGGGUGACUUUGUUUAUGGAUCUGGUGCAGUUACUUCAUGUGGAGAUACAGACAGAGCCGGUUUAUCUUGUUUUGCUGGUUGUGAUGAUGGUGAUGUAAGGCUAAAUGGCUCUGAUACUGUAUAUUCUGGUCGUGUUGAAAUGUGUAAAGAUUCAGUUUGGACAUCACUCUGUGACCACAACUGGGAUUUGAAGGAAGCACAAGUAGCUUGUAGGGAUCUAGGAUAUUAUCCCUUUGGUGCAGUGCCAACAUAUGGCUGCUAUAAUGAGGGACAACUAUCAUUUGGUAUUACUAUCAACUGUACUGGCUCUGAAAGAGUUUUAUUUAAUUGUGGACAUAAUAAUCUUACACUCUAUAACUGUCAAUCUCAUAAUAGUGCUGGACUCAUUUGUCAAGAUAGUGUACGGAGAUCCAGUUGUUCUAAUGGUGCAGUAAGACUGGUUGGUGGUAGUGGACCUCAUGAAGGAAGACUUGAAGUGUGUAUCAAUGAAGCAUGGGGCACUGUCUGUUCUAAUGGCUGGGAUAACACUGAGACUAAUAUUGUCUGUAAUCAAUUAGGAUACCUACCAUUUGGAGGGAGGUACAAGAGCUUUGGUCAUGGUACUGGUCUUCCAAUAUUAAUGUCUAGUCUUCAGUGUGUAGGGACUGAGAGCUCACUACUGGAGUGCCAUCAACAAGCCUGUGAUAUUACUAACUGCACUCAUGCUUAUGAUGUUGGAGUUAUAUGUCAAAAGCCUGCAGUUCCAUCGUCAUCUACAAAUUCACUUUUUUCAUCAACACAUUCAUCUACUACUUCACUUGCUCCACCUUCUUCCUUUACUUCUUCAUACUCUACUCCUUCAUCUUCACUUUCAUCAUCUGCUUUACCUUCUACCUCAACAGCAGCAUCCUCAGUUUCCUCACCAUCAGUCACUCCUACUCCAACUCUUCCAGCAAAUUCAGGAGUAAUUGUUGUUUUAAGUGGAACCAACAAGAGAAAUUUUAAUGCGAGCCAUUUCCAGGAUGUAACUGCAGAGGCUUUGAAUGAUUAUUGCAGUAUCAAUGACUGCAAUGCUUUACCACAAAAAGGAAAGAAAGCAUCAAAAAAUGUAAUAGGAGCCAAUAAUGUAAUCAUUGUACAGACUAUUGAUUCAGACUUUGAGCUAGCAGUAACUUUUUAUGUCCAGAGUUCAUCUGGAGCUCCCAUUGACUCUAGUGCAGUGUUUGAAGCUGUUAAGGAAGCUGAUUCAAAAUAUUCCAGUGCUGGUUUCAAAAUCGCUACCCUUACAAUAGUAGAUCCACUAAAUUCAAUGACUCCUACAAUUUCAAUUACUUCAAAUGAUGGUAAAACGCUGUCUGCAGGACAAAUAGCAGGGAUUGUGAUAGGAGCUAUAAUUGGAGCCCUGCUCAUUGUGAUUAUUAUUAUUACUAUUGUGACAUGGAGGUGUUUAUGUAGAGGCUACAAUCAAUGUCCAUCUUUAAAAGAAGGAAUCUCAAUGAAUGACAGUGACAUGCUUGUUCAGAAUAUUUAUGAUGAUCCUAAUCCUGAAGGUUCAAUUCACAGUUUCAAGUCCAAGAGUAGUCAUAGUAGAGAAGUCAGUGAAAAUGAAAGUCAAUCCAAAAGUUCAUGUGGUCAGCUCAAAAAUGAAGUACUUGAAAUUUCUAAAGAAACUCAUUUGUAAUUGUGAUAUUUAUACUGAGAGAGUAAUUUUGAUAUUUUAAUCUAUUGUUAAUUUGUGCAUAUACCUGCAUGUCCAUUGUGGAUAUUAUGGUGUUUUUUAAUAACAGUUGUCUUUAUUAACAAUCAAA